AGUACACUACAUUGCAAAACUGUGUUUGAUAACUGCUGGACACGACAGUGUGACUGUGUGAGGGCUGAGCCAUCAGUCAUGGAUGACAUCACAGUGGCGCAUCACUUGGAUGACGACAUGCUGCCGCCGCCAGCUUCAGUUCGUUCCCCUUGUCCUCGCCUUGCUCUUGGCACAGUCUCAGUCUCAUCAGUCUCAGUCUCCUUCCGGCCAGGGCCUGGGGAGGUGGGGGACCCGCAUACUAUGCCUGCAUGGUCUUCCACGCCACUUCCUCUUUCGCCAUCCCGCGCGCCCUCCUCUACUUUUCCUCCCAACUUCCCCACCGCGGCCAGGCCACCAAUAAAAACAAGCCUCAGCUGCAGCCGACGACCGCCCCGGCCCUAUCGCUCCCAGCCACGACCGGGCAGGCAGGUGGACAAGCAUAAACUUACAUCGUCGCUGGUUUGGUAGCUAGUGAGCGAUCGAGCAUAUGCAUGGCGUCUUCCGCUGGCGGCGGCCUGCGUUCACCGGCUGCUACGGCGGCGCCACGGGUGGUGAUGGACAGCCUGAUCGAGGUGCGCGAGGGCGCGACCAGGCUCCAGACCAUGCUGCUGGAGGAGUCGCCCACGCCUUCGAUCGCUGCGGCGGCGGCGGCGGCGGGGGCCACCAGUGAGGUCAGACAGACGCUUGACGGGAUGAUGAGCAGCCUGUCAAGCGCCAUGUCGGCUCUGGACACCACCGGCGGCGGCGGCGGCGGUCAGGGACAGCAGGGCCGGAGGAGGAAGCGAGGCGGCGCGGCGGCGGCCAGGUCUGGGCCGCUGCGGCGGAGCAGCAACAGGAGAAGAUCGCACAGCCCGUUCGUGAACACGGUCACUGCUAGCACGCUCGACGAUGGCAACUCAUGGCGAAAAUACGGGCAAAAACGUAUCCAAGAGUCCCCUAAUCCGAGGAGCUACUACAGGUGCACGCACAGGGCAGACCAAGGGUGCAGGGCGACAAGGCAGGUCCAGGCCUCCGAUGCCAACCCGUCGUCGGAGUUCAUCAUCAGCUACUUCGGCCAGCACACCUGCCGGGACCCCUCCACCAUCCCGCUCGUCAUCCCGGACGACACCGCUCCGCCGCCGCCGGACUGCGCAAACCUCAUCAGCUUCGGAGGAUCCACCGUCGUCGGCGGAGGCGCAUCCCCGAGCGCAAACACUACUACAACUGUUCCGACGACGAUGUUGUCUCGCUUCGGCUACAGCUCCUCUCUGCCGACGCAGACGCAGGCGCAGGCGCAGCUCGCCGCAGCCGUGGUGGGACCUCCGGGGACGACGAUGACUGCCUCGUGGGCUACGGUGGGGUCCGCGCCGGCGGAGUACUGGCCGGGAGGGACGACCAGCGACAUGGCUUGUGGCCCUGCUGGCACGGCCAGCUUCCCGUCGUCUCCUAGCAGCCUCGGAUUCAUGACCGGCUCGCCGUUUGGAAACGCCGGCGAUGACGACCUGUUUCUGUUUGGCUUCGAUCCCUGACAAAGGCUUGCUGAUGCAUGCAUAUCCAGCCAAUGCCACGUUUGCAGUUUGCAUGCAUGCACUACCAUGCAAGUAGUACUAGUAGUAGCCACGUAUGACUAUAGUUUGAUGAUCAAGUGUCCGCAUGGAUGGUAUAUAAUGGUUAAUACAAUAAGGCAAAAGCUCUGCAGUUCAUCUGAACAGGGCUUUGCAUA